CCCACAAACCUGUCCAAGGAGCACGACAUGCCGCAAGCUACAGCUAAGUUGUGCUAUAGCUAGCAGUAGUUGCUACAGCGCUAGCAGCUGGAAUGUACUCAAGCUUGCAAACUUCAGCAGCAACGGUAGACAAGCAGAGAGCUAGGGCCAGUGUCAAGAUAUCAGGCGCGAUCGCGUCAUCAAUUGAGUCUGCAGCAGAUCUCCUUGAGCUUGUCUUUUCUCGCGUCUUGCGUCAAAUGCGCUCGACGAGUAUUCCAAGUCGACCACGUGACGCACGUUCUUUCCGAGCGCUAAAAGUUGGUUUUGCUCUAGGCUUCUUUCUGCGUCUUUUGUCAGCUUUAGCGGCCUUCUUUCAAGCGCUCAUCGCAGUGCAAACAACAAUAGCUGCUGCACACGCCUUACGUCUUUGCUGGAUUCAAGAGUCCUUGUCAGCCUUCCUCGGCGCUACAGCUUCCUUUCGGGCUGCUUUGGUUGUCUUGGCAAUCACUACCGUCUACCCGCCUAAAGAUCUUCUGUCAUUGUAGCCAAGCUGUUUGAUAGCGUAUCAUUGGCCAGGCGAAGAUCUCGCAAUUGCAGAGACCUGCUUCACGAAGGUGCGAAUCUCGUGAGCUUGAGACAAGGUCUCAUAGCCUAUCGGGAAUCGUGCGCUUUCAUGAUGCUCAGGCUCAUGAGAGACGAUUGCGGUUGAGAUUUCUGACGCAAGCCUUUGAGCACGACUUUGCAUUUAGUUCUACAGGUCUUUUC